CCAGACGAGGAGCUGGAGGACAACCCCAACCAGAGCGAUCUGAUCGAGCAGGCGGCGGAGAUGCUGUAUGGACUGAUCCACGCGCGCUACAUCCUGACAAACCGGGGCAUUGCUCAGAUGUUGGAGAAAUACCAGCAGGGAGAUUUCGGGUACUGCCCCCGGGUGUACUGUGAGAACCAGCCCAUGCUGCCCAUCGGGCUGUCGGACAUCCCCGGCGAGGCCAUGGUCAAGCUCUACUGCCCCAAGUGCAUGGACGUUUACACCCCGAAAUCGUCGCGGCACCACCACACGGACGGAGCCUACUUUGGGACGGGGUUCCCUCACAUGCUGUUCAUGGUGCACCCCGAGUACCGGCCCAAGCGCCCCGCCAACCAGUUCGUGCCCAGGCUGUACGGGUUCAAGAUCCACCCCAUGGCCUAUCAGCUGCAGCUCCAGGCCGCCAGCAACUUCAAGAGCCCGGUCAAAACCAUCCGCUGAGAGACCCCAAAAACCCCCAAAAUCACCCCAAAAAAUCCCCAAAAUCACCCCAAAAAAUCACCCCAAAAAAACCCGACCCCAAAAACCCCC